CGCAGGUCCGCUGCUGACCUUCCUUCCGGGGUGGCCUCUGGCGGCAAGUAGCAACGAUGCAGCUGCCAGUCCACCCGCUCGCCACGAGCGCCGUCGGAGGAGGCGGGUUCUUGGCGGUUCUUCCCCGGUCCUUGCGUGAGCGGAGGGGGAGGACGUGUCGCAAGGUAGUCAGCUUCUCGUCGUCGGGGAAGGGGGGCGAGGAGUCGGCGGCGCCGGGCGAGACGCCGGAGGAGGCGCGGCGGCGGUUGGCGGAGCUCGACGCGCUGCUGGAGGGGCUGGUCGAGCCCAAGAUGCGGCCACCGAUGCCACCUCCUCCUCCAGACCUUUACAUGGACCGAGACAUGAUAACAGGCCGGGGGUCAACUGAUGAACUGCCGGAAUUCUCUCCAACAUAUGUGGCAUUCUCGACACUGGCACUUGUUAUCCUCACGAUAUUCACCAACGUCAUGUUCAAUUUGUACAUCAAACCUUCUGUCGAUGGCGUCGAUCAACCCGUAAGAAUUCAGAGAGUUCCUCUGGUAAAUCCAGCAGAUCGGCAAUUCGAGUAGCUUCUGCACAGGAUACAGUUCUAUUAUAUGUUUCCCAAGUGGAAUGGAUUUUUUUUUUGAAGAUGAAGUGGAAGGGAAUUGGAAUGUUUAAUUGUAUCACCUCACUCUAGCUUCGUAGUUACUAUCUCAAAUGAACUCUCCUGUGCAACACUGCAGAAGACCAAAAAAAUUGACACAUGUUGACUGGGAGCUCUGCCGUGUCUUGUAUGCACCUCCAUUUUCUUCUUUCAA